AUGGUCCUGAAGUUUGUUUCCCUGCUGCUGGCUGCGGAGUUGCACUUUGCUGCUGCCAAGACCGGAGCUCCAACAGCAACAACAGCAGCACCUGCUUAUGAUAAAACCCAGCCGCCUCCCGGAGCAGCAUCAGCAUCCCCUCACCCUGGCCCCCAGCAGCUGUCCCGGACCAGCGGCCUGGUGCAGAACAUUGACCAGAUCUACUCCGGGGGCGGCAAGGUGGGCUACCUCCUCUACGCGGGGGGCAGCAGGUUCCUCUUGGAUCUGGAGAGGGACGAGCUGGUGGGUCCGCAGGCCCCUGUGCAGCAUCCCCGCGGCUGGGCUCACUGCUAUUACCGGGGCACGGUGGACGGCAGCCCCCAGUCCCUGGCCGUAUUGAACCUUUGCGGGGGGCUGGAUGGCUACUUCGCGGUCAAACACGCCCGCUACACGGUGAAGCCCUUGCUCCGGGCCAAGGGGGCGGCCCCGCGACGGGUCUAUGGGCCCGGCUCCGCCCUGAUCCCGCACCUCUUCCGCAAGGACCAUUUCAGCUUCGAGACGGUACCUUCGCGCCCCAGCUGCGAGACGCGCGGCUCCGGCCAGGCCCCGCCGCUGGGAGGCAAAGGCGGGCUGCGGGGGGGGCAGGAGCGCCCCGCCCAGCCCCAGCUGGCCACCAGUGCAGCGCUAGCCCCGGGGCCCUUUGCUCCGCCCGGCGCCGGGCGCAGGAGCAGGCGCUCCAUCUCCAGAGCCCGCCAGGUGGAGCUGCUGCUGGUGGCUGACGGCUCCAUGGCCAAGAAGUACGGCAAGGGCCUGCAGCACUACCUGCUGACCCUGGCCACCAUCGCCUCCCGGCUCUACGGGCACGCCAGCAUCGAGAACCCCAUCCGGCUGGCCGUGGUGAAGGUGGUGGUGCUGGGCGACAAGGAGAAGGGGCUGGAGGUCAACAAGAACGCAGCCACCACGCUGAAGAACUUCUGCAAGUGGCAGCACCAGCACAACCCGCUGGAGGACGAGCAUGAGGAGCACUACGAUGCCGCUAUCCUCUUCACCCGGGAGGAUUUAUGUGGGCAUCAUUCAUGUGAUACUCUGGGAAUGGCAGACGUUGGGACCAUAUGCUCUCCUGAGCGCAGCUGUGCAGUGAUUGAAGAUGACGGCCUCCAUGCAGCUUUUACAGUGGCUCACGAAAUUGGGCACCUGCUUGGGCUUUCCCAUGAUGACUCCAAAUUCUGUGAGGAGAACUUUGGCUCCAUGGAAGAUAAGCGCUUAAUGUCCUCCAUCCUGACUAGCAUUGAUGCUUCCAAACCCUGGUCCAAAUGCACUUCAGCAACCAUAACUGAAUUUUUGGAUGAUGGUCAUGGGAACUGUUUACUCGACCAACCACGAAAGCAGAUCUUGGGCCCUGAGGAGCUUCCAGGACAAACGUACGAUGCCAUUCGUCAGUGCAAACUGGCAUUUGGACCCGAGUACACAGUGUGUCCUGGCAUGGACGUAUGCUCUCGUCUGUGGUGUGCAGUUGUUCGCCAAGGUCAGAUGGUGUGUCUGACCAAGAAGCUACCUGCUGUGGAGGGGACACCAUGUGGGAAAGGAAGGAUCUGCCUCCAAGGAAAAUGUGUUGACAAAACGAAGAAGAAAUAUUAUUCGGCUUCAAACCACGGUAACUGGGGUUCCUGGGGCCCGUGGGGACAGUGCUCCCGUACAUGUGGUGGAGGAGUUCAGUUUGCCUAUCGUCACUGCAACAACCCAGCUCCUAGAAACAACGGGCGAUACUGCACUGGAAAGAGGGCCAUCUAUCGCUCCUGCAACGUCGCAUCCUGCCCAGCAAAUGCUAAAGCCUUUCGACAAGAACAAUGUGAAGCAAGAAAUGGCUAUCAGUCUGAUGCAAAGGGUGUCAAAACGUUUGUUGAAUGGGUCCCUAAGUAUGCUGGAGUGCUUCCUGGAGAUGUGUGCAAGCUCACCUGCCGAGCCAAAGGGACGGGUUACUACGUCGUAUUUUCUCCAAAGGUGACUGACGGAACUGAAUGUAGGCCAUACAGUAAUUCAGUAUGUGUCCGGGGAAAAUGCAUUCGAACUGGUUGUGAUGGCAUCAUCGGUUCAAAGCUCCAAUAUGACAAGUGUGGGGUGUGUGGAGGAGACAAUUCCAGCUGCACGAAAGUCAUGGGAACCUUUAAUAAAAAGAGUAAGGGCUACACGGAUAUAGUGAAAAUACCCAUGGGGGCAACUCACAUCAAAGUGCGGCAGUUCAAGUCUAAAGACCAGAACAGAUUCACAGCUUACCUGGCCCUGAAGAGGAAAAAUGGUGAGUAUCUUGUCAAUGGAAAAUACAUGAUCUCCACUUCGGAAACAAUCAUUGACCUCAAUGGAACUGUCAUGAACUAUAGUGGCUGGAGUCACAAGGAUGAUUUCUUGCAUGCAAUGGGACAUUCUGCCACAAAGGAGAUUCUUAUAGUACAGAUUCUUGCCACUGACCCAACUAAAGCAGUGGAUGUCCGUUACAGUUUCUUUGUGCCAAAGAAGCAAACGCAGAUGACUAACUAUGUCACGAGCAAUAGCAACAGUAAUAAAGUAACACCACAGCUCACGCAGCCACAGUGGGUGACUGGACCCUGGCUUUCUUGUUCUCGAACAUGCGACACAGGAUGGCAUACCAGGACUGUCCAGUGCCAAGAUGGGCAUGGAAAACUAGCUAAAGGAUGUCUUCUCUCUCAGAGACCAUCGGCAUUUAAACAGUGCUUACUAAAAAAAUGUUAA